CCAAGUCAUCUCUCGUCCGAGAGACCAACGAGCUCUCCAGCAAGCAAGAGCUCACCUCCUUUUUCCAGAAAUUUCCUCAAAGUUUCAAUAUUUUCACCCAGUUUACAUCGAGAAAAAGAGAGCAGAACGUCGUAAAGGAAAGAAAGCAGGACGAGCUGAGUGAAUGUCUCUUGACAAUUGGGAAGAAGCUGACAAUUGGGAAAGUUCGACGAGAGAAAACUUUUUCACUCCAAAAACACGUCCAAAUUUGAAAAACGAACCGUUGAGAAAGGCUUCUUAGCGGGGCAACUUCCGAGUUGGACGACACGUUCCAGUUGGACAAGAUGGUUUUCCAUCAGAAGUUGCUCGUCCCCACAACGGAGAAAGUGGAAGGAGGUGAAAGUUUUCAGGAGAACGAACAAUUUUCCGUACAACCACGACCAACAGCACGUGACGAUAACCACGUGCUUGCCCCUUCAACUAGCCACAGGUCACCAAAAGCUAAGAAAUCUCCCCUCCAACUUAGCAGAAAAGGGAAGAAGCGUGAUCGUCUCUUCAUGGGGAAAACUUUCCCAUGCAAAAUCUGCCUGCGUCCCUUCAACAACGCGACUAGUGCUCACACACCCCUCAACCCGGACGAGCUGGAACGGUCUUCAAUUUUCCAUGAGAAAUGUCCCCACUGCGAAAAGGUUUUCUUCACUCGUCACCAGCUUACCAACCACGUGAACGCGCACGAGGGUCGGAAGAACCACGCCUGUCCCACCUGCAAGCAGAAGUUCACCCAAAAACCCCACUUGACUGCGCACCUAUUCGUCCACAUGAGCGGCGAGGAGCGCGCGGAGGUGCGGCAGCGCUGGCGACACGUCUGCUACUUCUGCAGCAAACGGUUCAAAAUUCUAUCCCAUCUCAGUCGUCAUUUGCUGGUCCACACGAAAGAAAAGUUGGGCGGGAGGUGUCACGUGUGUGGAAAAUCGUUCUCCUUGAAGCAAAUCCUGGCCAGGCAUCGGUUCACCCAUCUCUCCGAAGACGAGAAGGUCGCCCUCGUGAAGCAGGGGACGAGUCGAGAGUGCUUAUUCUGCCAGAAGAAAUUCCCCGAUAACAGCACUUAUCAUAAGCACCUGGUCUCCCACACGAAGGAAAAACCCUUUCGUUGCGACCAGUGUGGGAAAUUGUUCCCUCGUAGUAAAAGCUUACAAUUGCACAAGCUUAUUCACACUUCGGAGCAAAAACUGUUCAACUGCGACGAGUGUGAGAAAGCGUUCACUAGUAAACAAAAUCUGGUCAGACACGAGAAGACCGUUCACCGGGGGCUGAAGGACAUCGCUUGUUCCGAGUGCGCCAAGAAAUUCGGGACGAAGGGUGACAUGGUGCGACAUGUGAAGAGUGUUCAUACCAAUAUCCGCCACCCCUGCCCCCACUGCGGGGUGACAUUCACGCAGAAAUGCCAUCUUGGGAGACAUUUGAAGAAGUUGCAUGCUUAAGAUCAUUCUGCUCAUCAAAAGCAAAUUCAAGAAUAACUUUUAUAUAUUUUGUAUUUUUAUGUUUUCUUGAUUUCACUGUUUAUGACAAGUUAAUGAUUCUCCUAAGACUGAUAAAAAUGCCAUAAUUGAAUUAUUAAGGUUUAAACAUAA